GACAGUUUAUCAAAAUGGAGAAUUAAGCAUAUUGUUAUUAAAGUGUAUUAUUGAUGAAAAUGGCUAAAAAAAGUUGUGAAUUUAACAAAUAUACAGAGGAUUUUGAUAUUUUGUGCAACGUUGAAGUUUUACAGAGUGUUCGAAAGAAGAAAUUUUCCGAUUGGAGAAAAAGUAGAUUUUUGUGUCUUUUGGACGAUAUAACCGUGUAAAAAAGAAUCAAAAUGUGGGGCAGCAUGAAUUUUUCUGUAGCGGGACCGCUCGGGGUUCAAAAACGAGGUUAUCAUGGCAUUACAAAUUUUGGUACAAUCAAUAUACAGCCGAACAAAUUUUUCACAAAUCCUACGUUUCUGGGUGAAGUCAAGAAAAAUAUACACGGGAAAACUCACAUAACUGACAUUAGGCGCGUCAACGAGGAUAUAGCCACUCCAAAUUCCAGUACGAUUAUCGAGAAUAUAAAAAAAAUCAAACCUGAUAUUAUUAUGAAGUCAGAACCUAUAGAAAUGUGUGCAGGGAAGAAUUGUAGAAAGCCACGAAGGAGGAAGCAUUUGAGCAAGAAAAAUAAGGAUAGUAUUGAUGUAAACACAAACAUUUCAAUGGACGUGGAAGACAAACCAAUGGUGGACAAUUUUAAUGUUUUUGUAUCACCUCAACCAUUGGUAUUGCAAGAUUUCAUAUCUGAAAGCUUGAAAAGUUGCGAUACAAUGGAAGUACAAGAAAAUAACAGCCCUAAACAAACAAUAAAUAUAUCCCCUGUAAUAAAAGAGAGCAUAACGUUCUGUAUAACCCCCCCAAAAAACUGCCAUAAUUUUCUCAGCAGAGAGAGACAAAUGUCGGUCUGCGAAAGUGAAGACAGCUUUGUAGUUUUUGAAUCUGGUUCUGAAGAUGAGUUAAAUUUUUCCGACAAUGAUAUUAGUAGUGGUGAUAGUGAAUCUGAUGAUUCAGAUGACUCAGGUUCAGAUUUUGAUUCUUCCGGAUCUGUUAUACCAAAUAAAAGAGUUAGGUUUGCCGAGGAAGAGGACCUUUGCGAAGUACACCCAAUGGUGCAAUGGGCGUACGCCUAUCAGGCAGCUAGAAAAGGACCUUGGGAAGUAUACGCGCGAGAUAGAGAAAGAUUCAAGAAAAGAAUACAAAAUACCGAAACCAUCUUAAGCCCUAUUUUUGACCAAAAACAUCGGGACAAAAUUUACGAAAACAGGUUCAAUAUUACAGAAUAA